AUGUCGUACACUUACAGAGAACGCGAACGAGACUGGGAUGAGACCCGUCCUGUGUCAAUCAAGCGUUACGUCAUUUCUCCCGAAGACGACCGUCGAGACUUCAUGUCAAGACACGAUGACUCCUUUGGCGGCGAGCGCGAGGUGGUGAUCCGGCGCAAAACGGAUCGUGAAGAGCCUGUGACCGUCUCGCGCUACGAGCGAGAGGUGGAGUAUGAACCACCCACACGCUAUGAGAGAGACUAUGAUUCCCGCAUUUAUACCAGUCCCCGUGAAUCCGAGUAUGAUGUCGUGCGCCGCUCUGAGGUGGACGAGGACCCGUAUUAUUACAACCGUCACCGUCGAGUCCGCGAGUACGAUGAAGCUCGCUCCCGGCGUGAGCUGAGCCCUGAUGAUUCCGUUUCCCAGAGUAGUCGCCGCCACCGCGGCGAUCGUGAUCAGGACUACAGCAGCGAUGACAGUAUGGUCUACAUCCGAAAGGAAACCCGCGAUUAUGACGACCACCCUCACCACCGUCGCCAUCUCGCAGAGGGUGCAUUGGUAGGUAUUGGCGCGGCUGAAUUGCUCCGAAACCACAACAAAAAAGAUGGCGAAGUCAGCCAUGGCGCCAGCCGUAUUGGUAGGACUAUUGGUGCCGGUGCUCUUGGUGCAGUCGCUGUGAGUGCUGCAUCGCAUGCUCGUGACUACUACCGUAGUAAGAGCCGUCACCGUUCUCAUUCCUUUGAAGAUGACCGUUCUUCCCAUCGUCACAGCAGACAUGGCCGGAGUCGCCACAGCCGCAGCCGCAGCCGCUCUCAAUCGCACUCUCGUGCAAAGACUUUGCUCGAGCUGGGAGUUGGUGCCGCAGCCGUGGCUGCUGGUGUGGCUGCACUGCGUAGCAAGUCAAAAGCUGAUGAGCGCAAAAGCCGGUCUCGCACUCGCUCCCGUUCUCGGGUUUCUAGCCGUGGUCGCUCGGAGAAGGAUGGGGAACAGGGCAAACGCAGCAUGUCUGAGCGCCGCAAGCACAUGGCUGAGGCUGGAUUGGCUGGUGCGGCCGUGGCUGGCCUGGUUGAAAAGGUCCGCAGCCACUCGCGCUCUCAAAAGGGUGAGCGCUCCCGAUCCCGCCUGAGACAAGCUCUUCCCAUUGUGGCUGCCGGUCUUGUCACUGCUGCUGCCACCGGUCUCUACGAGAAGCAGAAGAGUGACAAAGAUGAAAAGGAGGGCUCGAGCCGGGGCCGCCAUCGCUCAAGGUCUCACAGCCGCGCCCCGUCACAGUCCUAUCCCGAUCCAACUCGCGACUCGGCCGGCCUGAUCGAAUACGGCAACGACCCAGUCGCAGGUAGCAUCCCAUCUGAGCAUUACUACGGUCAGCCUGAUGCGCCCUACUACGAUGAACAGGAAGCCUAUGGCCCCAGACGCCAUACACGCAGUCGCAGUCGCAGUCGUAGCCGAGUCCGCUACAGCGGUUCAUCCAGUUCUGACGGCGAAGGUCACCGCCGACGGCAUCGCAGCCGCUCACGAGACCUCGCGGGGGCCGCACUAGGCGCAACAGGCCUCGGUUAUGCCGCCCACAAGUACAACGAGCGUCGCAAGUCCAAAGAGCGCGAUCGCGAACACUCCACGCAUGACGACAACGUGCACCGUGAUCCUUAUGAAGAAUCCUACAAUCCAGAACCAUACCCGCUUUCCCCGCAGGCGGCCCCAAGUGCCCCGCCCAUGCCUGGCCCCCACUACUACCCCAGCAACCCCAACCCCAACCCCAACCCCAACUAUUACCCCCCGCCCCCGGGCGACUCAACCUACAACCUGAACAGCACCCCCGCUUCAUACAAUCCAGCAGACUACCCUCCACCACCCGGUGCUGCGCCACCUCAGCCUUACGCCUACGGCGCUGCGCCACCAGGACCGGGACCCGAGCAGUACACACCUCGGCCGCGUAGGGCUGAAGACAAUGUGAGAACCCUACCUAUUGAUACAAACCACGCGCACAAGGGUCUGAACAUCCACCCAUUCCCAACGUCUGCCCCCCGGUCAAUUAGCCAACCGCCGAAAUCUGUCGCGUUCGACUUGACGGAUCCUCCGCAUGAUCCUGGCUAUGAGACCGAUGACAGUGACUCUACCGUUGGAUCGGGUUCGUCUUCGCAUCGCGGAGGUAGAGACCACCGUCGCGAUCGAGAUCGAGAUCGUGAUCGUGACCGUGACCGUGACCGUGAUAGCCGUCAUCAUCAUCGCCGCUCCUCAUCCGUGCCCUAUCCACCUAUGCCCUCUCCUACUCCUACUGCCUCAGACCGUCACAAUUUCUAUCCUGAUUCCAGUCACCAUCGACAUCACCCAUCAGCCCCGAAACACCACGAGGGAAGAGACCAGAACAAAGCCCCUGAAGCAGACUCCGACUCAACCAUCGACCUACCCAGCCGCUUUGAUGGGCAAGGCCGUCCUCUUCCCGAGCGGGAUCCCGCUGUGGAUAAAUUUGAGGACCUGGUGAAUAGGUUUACCAAGGUUCUGUUCUAG